UUGACCGCUGGUCCACCUCCGUCUGCUUGAUGAUUUACAAUAAUGGCGACGCUUUUAUUCUGAGUGUACUUCUGCAAGCCAUUUGACAAAAUAAAUACAUUUGAGGAGAACAAUCAAAUACAUAUGAUAAUAAACGUAGCAGGAAACAAUUAUUCCAACAAAAAAAGGACUAAGCUACACUACCUGGCUAAUGUGUUACUUAAGUUGUAGAGGUGGCAUUUUUGCGGAGGCACAAGCGCUAACGUUAGCUAGCAGCUAACAAAGGUCUACAAUUUCGUGACGAUGUGGCUACUUUACAAGCUCUUGGGGUGACACUUUCUUGUGGUCUUGGGACGAAAACAACUUAAAGGGGAUACUGAGACGUAUCAGUUAUUUCCACAACGUUACAGAACAGCUUGUGGAGUGAAAAGUGCGUUUCAUUCAACAGCUUACUUUGUCAGUUAACGUUAGCCUAAAUGCUAGCUAGCGAGUUAUCUUGGCUUUGCUUCCCAGUUCACUGCGUUGUUGUUUUUAGUUGGUUAACUUAACGUAUAACAUUCACAUUACGAUACAUUUGACUAACAUCUUUGUCGCUAGGGUGUUUCUGCUAUCUUGUUUUUGAACGUUACAGUAAGCAGGCUAGCCACACAGUUCGUCGUGCUACUUGCAAACUAACAAGAUAUUGCUGAAUUGUGUUCAUCUGGACAACAGACCUAUUUUGCAUCGCAAAAUUAUCCUGCCGAACACAGUUAACGUUAGUUAACAAUCUAACAUAUUCUGCUAGCUGGCAAUUUGCGAGACCGUUUCGUAAAUGACUACCGGCAGGAAUAACCGUGUGAUGAUGGAAGGAGUUGGUGCAAGAGUGAUCCGCGGACCCGAUUGGAAAUGGGGAAAACAGGAUGGUGGAGAGGGACAUGUCGGCACCGUCAGGAGUUUUGAAAGUCCGGAAGAAGUGGUUGUUGUCUGGGAUAACGGGACUGCAGCCAACUACCGGUGCUCUGGUGCAUACGACGUGAGGAUAUUUGAUAGUGCUCCCACAGGUAUCAAGCAUGACGGCACCAUGUGCGACACCUGUCGUCAGCAGCCUAUCAUCGGGAUCCGCUGGAAGUGUGCUGAAUGCAACAACUAUGACCUCUGCACCACCUGUUACCAUGGGGACAAGCACCACCUGCGACAUCGCUUCUACAGGAUCACUACCCCUGGUAGCGAGAGAGUCCUGUUGGAGUCUCGCCGUAAGUCGAAGAAGAUCACAGCCCGAGGCAUCUUCACCGGUGGCCGGGUGGUGAGAGGAGUGGACUGGCAGUGGGAGGAUCAGGAUGGAGGCAACGGAAGGAGAGGAAAGGUGACAGAGAUCCAGGACUGGAGUGCAGCCAGCCCCCACAGUGCAGCCUACGUCCUCUGGGAUAAUGGGGCCAAGAAUCUCUACAGAGUGGGCUUCGAGGGGAUGUCGGAUUUGAAAUGUGUCCAGGAUGCCAAAGGAGGCUCUUUCUACAGAGACCACUGCCCUGUUCUCGGUGAGCAGAAUGGCAACAGAAACCCAGGCGGUUUACAGAUCGGAGACCUGGUCAACAUCGACUUGGACCUGGAAAUAGUCCAGUCCCUGCAGCACGGCCACGGAGGCUGGACAGACGGUAUGUUCGAGACUCUCACCACCACCGGUACCGUGUGUGGCAUCGACGAGGACCACGACAUUGUGGUGCAGUACCCCAGUGGGAACAGGUGGACAUUCAACCCUGCAGUGCUGACCAAGGCCAACGUGGUGCGUAGUGGGGAAGGUGUUGCGGCGGGAGCAGAGGGAGGCAGCUCCCAGUUCCUGGUGGGAGACCUGGUCCAGAUCUGCUACGACAUCGACCGCAUCAAGCUGCUGCAGAGAGGCCAUGGGGAGUGGGCUGAGGCCAUGCUGCCUACCCUGGGCAAGGUGGGCCGCGUGCAGCAGAUCUACUCUGACAGCGACCUGAAGGUGGAGGUGUGUGGAACGUCAUGGACCUAUAACCCUGCUGCCGUCACCAAGGUGGCCCCCACUGGCUCUGCUGUCACCAACGCCUCCGGAGAGCGUCUGUCUCAGCUGCUGAAGAAGCUGUUUGAGACCCAGGAGUCGGGUGAUGUCAAUGAGGAACUGGUCAAAGCAGCAGCCAAUGGAGACCUGGCCAAGGUGGAGGACAUCCUCAAGAGACCUGACGUGGAUGUGAACGGGCAGUGUGCUGGACACACAGCCAUGCAGGCGGCCAGUCAGAACGGACACGUGGACGUCCUCAAGCUGCUGUUGAAACACAACGUGGACCUGGAGGCUGAGGACAAGGAUGGAGACCGGGCGGUGCACCACGCAUCCUUCGGAGACGAGGGCUCUGUGAUCGAGGUGCUGCAGAGGGGUGGUGCCGACCUGAACGCCAGGAACAAGCGCAGACAGACCCCACUGCACAUUGCUGUCAACAAAGGUCAUCUGCAGGUGGUCAAGACCCUGCUGGACUUUGGCUGCCACCCCAGCCUCCAGGACUCCGAGGGAGACACGCCCCUGCAUGACGCCAUUAGUAAGAAGAGGGAUGACAUGCUCUCUGUGCUGCUGGAGGCGGGAGCUGACGUCACCAUCACCAACAACAAUGGAUUCAACGCCCUGCACCACGCCGCCCUGCGAGGGAACCCCAGUGCCAUGCGUGUGUUGCUGGCCAAGCUGCCGAGGCCCUGGAUCGUAGAUGAGAAGAAAGAUGACGGUUACACCGCCCUGCACCUGGCGGCGCUCAACAACCACGUAGAGGUGGCCGAGCUGCUGGUUCACCAGGGCAGUGCAAGCCUGGACAUCCAGAAUGUAAACCAGCAGACAGCCCUGCACCUGGCUGUGGAGAGACAGCACACACAGAUAGUCAGGCUGCUAGUGCGAGCAGAGGCAAAGCUGGACGUGCAGGACAAGGAUGGGGACACUCCUCUCCACGAGGCGCUGCGUCACCACACGCUGUCCCAGCUCCGCCAGCUGCAGGACAUGCAAGACGUCAGCAAGGUGGAGCCCUGGGAACCCUCCAAAAACACGCUGAUCAUGGGCCUGGGCACCCAGGGAGCAGAGAAGAAGAGUGCAGCGUCCAUCGCCUGCUUCCUGGCAGCUAACGGAGCAGACCUGACCAUGCGCAACAAGAAGGGCCAGUCCCCUCUGGACCUCUGCCCCGACCCCAGCCUCUGUAAGGCCCUGGCCAAGUGCCACAAGGAGAAGAUCAGUGGCCAGGUGGGCUCUCGCAGCCCGUCUCUGAACAGUAACGGUGAGACCCUGGAGGAGUGUAUGGUGUGUUCUGACAUGAAGAGAGACACCCUGUUCGGACCGUGCGGACACAUCGCCACCUGCUCUCUCUGCUCCCCCCGCGUCAAGAAGUGUCUCAUCUGCAAGGACCAGGUCCAGUCCAGAACCAAGAUCGAGGAGUGUGUCGUAUGUUCUGACAAGAAGGCUGCCGUGCUUUUCGAGCCCUGCGGUCACAUGUGCGCUUGUGAAAACUGUGCCGGCCUCAUGAAGAAGUGCGUACAGUGCCGGGCUGUUGUGGAACGCCGCACGCCCUUUGUCCUUUGUUGUGGAGGGAAAGGUAUGGAGGGUGAUGCCGCUGAUGAUGAUGAUGAUGAUGAUGAUGAUGAUGAGGACCUUACAGGUAACUCUAACUCAGCUCUAAUGGCAGGGGGCUCGCUGGAUCUGCUCCAGCCCAACAAUCUGGCACUAAGUUGGUCCAGCGGUAACAUCCCAGCCAUGCAGAGAGACAAAGACAACACCAAUGUCAACGCUGACGUUCAGAAGCUGCAGCAGCAACUGCAGGACAUCAAGGAGCAGACCAUGUGUCCGGUGUGCCUGGACCGGCUGAAGAACAUGAUCUUCAUAUGUGGCCACGGCACCUGCCAGCUGUGUGGCGACCGCAUGAGCGAGUGCCCCAUCUGCCGCAAGGCCAUCGAGAGGCGCAUCCUUCUGUACUAGAGUCCCAGGCUUCAGUCUGAGCCUUCUACACCCCCACCACCCCCCAUGUCAAGGCCCUUCGAUUGCGCAUCCUCCUGUACUAGAGUCUCAGGCAGGUCUCGGCCUAAUCCCCCCCCCCAUCUACAACCAGCCACACCAGCUGCUGCUCUCCCAUCUAUCUCGGCGUCUUUAUACCAGAAAAACAAAAACAUCAGAAUUACCAAUGUUGCUUCUUUUAAAAAUUGAAACUUUGUUAUAAAACAAACAAACAUUGUACUGAAAGAGGUCUUUGGAGUUGUAGCUCAGCUGAAAGCCUGUAGCAGCCUGAUUCUUUGCUUUUCUCCUCAGAAUGCCCUUUCUCCUCUCUCCUAUCUCUCUCUCGCUCUUCUCCCCCUCCUCUCUGUUGUUUUCCUGUUUAUGUGUGAGAAGGCCUCUUCCUGUUAUUAUUGUAGUGGGGUUAUUGGCACACAUCCCAACACUGCCCUAUGUUGGCCUUGGGAUAUGGACUGAGGGAUAUGGUCAGAGCCACUUAGUCCCAUUUACAACGUCCUAUUCAUUAGGGCACACUCUGCCUCUCCUGUCGAAGUGCUGCCUCUCCUGUCGAAGGGCUGCCUCUCCUGUCGAAGGGCUGCCUCUCCUGUCGAAGGGCUGCCUCUCCUGUCGAAGGGCUGCCUCUCCUGUCGAAGGGCUGCCUCUCCUGUCGAAGGGCUGCCUCUCCUGUCGAAGGGCUGCCUCUCCUGUCGAAGGGCUGCCUCUCCUGUCGCUAAACUUAAAACCCAUUUAUCAUUGAUUCUAUUUGUAUUUCUUAUGCAAGAGUAUUGGUAAUAGAAGCUACUGACAUGCAUAUUCACUACUUUUGUAGUUUACUCAACAUUUCAUGAUAGCUACAAUAUGAUGACAUAUUUUUGUACAUGCAAAAAAAAUGUGAUGUCCAGCACUUUUACAAGUUCAACCAGUCUUCUGCUACAUGUGCAUAUUUGAGAUGGGUUGUUGUCACAUGUUGGCGAUUUUGGCAAUAAGGCCCUUUAUUUCCCCAGUCAGAUGACUUGUGGAUACCAUUUUUAUGUCUCUAUGGAGUUUGAAGGAAGUUGCUAACUAGCGCAAUUGCUAACUAGCAUUAGCGCAAUGACCUGAAGUCUGCAUACUAUGCUAGCAGAUACAAUAGACUUCAGUCAUUGUGCUAAUGCUAGUUAGCAAUGGAUCGCUAAAACUACCUCUUAACUUCCUUCAUACUGGACACAGACAUAAAAAUGGUACCCACAAGUUCAUUGGACUCUGGGGCAGUAGACAAAGGUCAUUGCCAAAAUCCCGAAGUUUGCCUUUAAGACCUGCACAGGGCAGGUUAGCACAAAAACUGCUGAUUGAACAAAAGCAAAAUUGCUGUUCUGUUUGUCUAGACUUCGGAGGUCCAAAUCCACCUUCACUCUGACUGACUGAUAAGGUGGUGAUACCGCUGCAGUCCAAUCGUCUGCUAACACCUCAUCACCUGUACCUUGUUUACCAACCUCUCUCUCUGGAGAAACACAGACUGGCCAGGCAGUACAACUUCAGCAUUACAACACCCUUGGUCUGCAAUUGUUAAUACUUAAGUACAGUAGACCCAGUAUAGAUGCAAGUCAAGACAGUGUUUCAUUCAGCCUACUUAUAAGUGAAUACUAUCAUGUACUUGCUGGACAUUUCUGAGGAUGAAUUAACUUUAUUGAGCAUUUGUACAAACAGAGUAUGUCAUCAUGAAUGACAAGUUGUUUUAGAGCUGUUCCAAGACUAUAGAUGGUAUUACCUGUCUGGUAUACAACCAUCCUAUGAUUCUUAUAAGCAUCGCUAAUAACCAUUGAUUAUUCAUGUGCCAUUGCUUCCAAAAAUGAUUUACCUGUUAAAUGUUGUUUGGGGAUAAGGUGCUCUUAAUCUGGUAUUGCUUUUAUUUAAAUGUAUUUUGCAGAAUGUUUUGUAAUAAACACAUUUAUUGAGCUAGAGUAUACAAUCUAAUAGAAAGCCAAGAUGAUAAAAUGUAGAGUAAAUUAUUUUGUAUUGCUGCCCACAAAUAGGAUUUAGAAGUGUAUCUCUAUAGGGCCUUAGCUAUAAUGUAAUGUAGCCGUCCACUCUCACCCACACAUCCUGCUUCAAUAUCAAUGUUGAAAUGUGUCUUUUAGUUUGAUAGACUUCAAGCAAAAAAAACACUUAAGCAUUAUUUGAUCUUGUUUUGUCUGCAAGUCUAACAUGUUCAGAGUCUAUAAUGAGACUGGUGAUGAGGGAGACAAUGUUGUCAGGUUUUACAUGUAUUCUUCUGCCAGUGUUUUGGGGGAUAGAAAGAAAAUGGUUCCACUGGUCCAGUUGACACUAAUAAGGCAGAUCCGUCUGUGUGGAGCUGUUCACCUCGGUAUAAGAUGACCAGCUUGACCACGCAAAUAAGCAAUUUUAUAGGAAAGAACGAAAAGUAGCUUCAUACUUUUUUACUCUCCGUUUUUAUUUCACGGAUGGCGUUAACAUUCUAAAAGCACUAAUGUUGCUUUAUGAUAGUAUUGUCUUGUUAGUUGUUAUAAAGGCCUAUUUUGUACCUUGUGUUCAAAACUUAUUAUACCCGUCAAGAUUUAAAGGUUUCAAUAGUAUUCUUUCCCUUUUUAGGCAUGAAUGUUUUAUUUAUGCAGUAUGACAUGUAUUAUAGAAGCUGGUCACUCUGUAUUGCUUAAGUGCUUUUCAAAGCACCAUGUAACUGAAAUAAAGUUCUGAAUGAAUCUUGA